AUAAAUCCUCAAGAUUAUGAUCCUUCACGUGUUAAUUAUGCGUUUAGUAAACAUUCUCUGUAGGAUCCCCAUUCACUUAUGGCACGAUCGUUCGCUGUACGUAUACCUAUAUACGUACAUAUAGUAUAUGCAGAUCUGGAUGCACAACAAUGCAUAAUGCACACCGAUACAUGAAAAUGAGGUGAAGACGUGAAGAUCGUGGAUUUCGAACAGGUUUUUGUAUAUUCAAAUAGAUUAGAUCAGAGAAGAUUGAAAUCGUUUGCACUAGAAAAAUGCAGUGGCAAAACGUGUUAGAGUUUGUCAGCGUUAAAAGAUCAACGUCGACCCCUAAGGAGGAAGCGAAUCGUGAAGAUGAGCUCAUGUCACGUUUAUGGGACGAUAAAAUUAUAAAGCAAUCCGUGAACUGGUGGUUGGACGACGUUCAUCGUAAGAGAAAACAGAGUAAAUCUGUUGUCAAAGCUGAGACGUUCAAGAAUUUGGGAAAUAAAAUGUUUCAGGCGAAACGUUAUAUCAAAAGCAUAGAAUUCUAUACGAAAUCUGCGUCGUACGCCCCUUUGGACAGUUCUCAACUGUCAAUAGCAUUUGCAAAUAGAUCCGCCUCGUUAUUUUAUUUAUACAGAUACGACGAAUGCAUAAGAGACGCUAAGUUAGCAAUCAAGUUCAAUUACCCCAAACAGUUGCACUACAAAUUAUAUUUACGUACGAUACAAUGUUACUUAAAACUGGGCAAGUCGUGCUCGGCGGAAGAGAUGUUGUCUAAACUAGAAGAAAUAAUUAAUGAUCCUGAUUACGUUAAACCAUCUAUGAAAAGCAGUAUAGAACAAAAGAUGAGGGAGGUGAAAUUGGUCGAGCCUACGUGUGCCGAGAAUGUAUUGGAAAACGAUAGCAGCUUGUCGAAGGCAAGAUCUGAAUUCCUGUUCAAAGAAAAUCCUGUUUUCCUUGGUGCUUCCGAAUGCGUAGAUGUGAAGUAUGACGAAGAGGUAGGAAGGCAUGUGGUGGCCAACAGAUUCAUUAAAAGAGGGGAUAUUCUCUUCGUGGAAAAACCAGUGAGCUUCGUGUUCCGCGACGACACUGUGGUAAACGAUCUUUGCCAACACUGCAGCUGCGUUACUACAGACAUUCCUGUUCCAUGCACGACGUGUUUAAAUGCUUUUUACUGUAACGAGAAAUGUCUGAGUGAAGCAUGGUCUUCGUAUCAUCGCUGGGAAUGCCCAGGAUUUCAGAUGGGACUGUGGAGAGACAUCGGGAUAGGCCAUUUGGCUCUCAAGGUUUUACUGACUUGUACGACUACGACGGACAGAGUCAGGUUUAACGACGUGCAAAAUUUAUGUACCAAUUUCAACGAGUCGUCAAUGGGCGAUUUAACAUUAUAUGGGACUACAGCUAUCAUGCUUACCAUUUACUUAUCGGAAUAUACGAAUUACUUCGAAGUGAACGACAUCGAAGAUAGUUUAAUGACAAAGUUUUCCGAUCGAUCUUUCAAUUCGAAUUUUGAUACAUCGACAGACGCCAAUAGACGACUGUAUAUAAGUUGUCUGCUUUUACGACAUAUUCUUCAGCUCAUCAGCAAUGGGCAUGCAAUUCCAAGAUCGGACGCACUGUUGAACACAAGUGAUUUCUCAACGGACGACGAUAUCGUAGCUACGGGGAUUUAUCCUUCUGCCAGUAUGAUGAACCAUUCGUGCGAUCCGAACAUAAUUAACAUCUUCGUGGACCAACAUUUAAUCGUCAGAGCUUCGAGGGACAUUGCCCACGGCAAAGAAAUCUUUAACUGCUACGGUCCACAUUACAGAUACUUGGCGACAGAGGACAGGCAGAAGCAUUUGAAGAGUCAAUAUUCCUUUACUUGUAAAUGCCAUGCCUGCGUGCAACCGAAAUGGCGAUGGUUCACAGAAAGGUUCAGCGGUAUGAGAUGCUCAAAGUGCAAUGGUGCACUGUGUGAUAUAAACGAUUUCAUAUAUUGUUUGGAUUGUGGUAACAGAUCAUGCAGUAAUCUGCUGAAAAAAGUGGUAUUCACCGAAUCUAUGUUUCGCGAGGCCCAACUUCUGUUCGAUUCAGGGAAACUGGAGGACGCAUUGAGUAAACUGAACGAAUGUUUAAAAUUGCAAAGAGCCGUGUUAUAUAAAUAUAAUGAAAACAUCACAGCGUCAUUGAAUCUUAUGGCAAAAAUGUACAAGACAUCAGAACGAUGGGUGGACAGUAUCGAGUGUUUGAAAGACUCUCUCCCAGCAGUUACGGAAAGAUUCGGAUUCUGUAGCUGGGAACUACUUAAUCAAUUGAACGAUCUUACAGACGUGUCCUUUUCGUUUCUCGAAAAGGAAGCGCGUACUAAUACGGACACCUACAAGUACAUUUUACAGAUUGCUGAAUUUCAUUUACGUAAAAUGGAACGCAUUGCCUACCACAUUUGUGGAACCUGGAGCAAAGUUUACAGAGACAUAGAAGCGAAACAGCGACAAAUUUCUCUAUUGAAGGAAGCUUGAGGUUUUUAUUUACAAAUUAGUUACUGAUGAGAACAAUAUCUGUAAAUUUACUUACGUACUAGAUGUGUAAAUACAUUUUAUAUUACAGUAGUUUUACAUUA